AUGUUGAACCUCAAGCUAGCGGACCAGCGAACUACAACGUUGCAGAAGCGAACAAUUCCUCUUACGCUACGAAUGGAUGGCCUUGAUGAGUAUUCUGCAGAAUUUUAUGUCAUCGAAGUUCCUGAUAAUCGCGAUAUUCUUCUUGGCCUCCCCUGGUUGCACACAGUGAACCCCUUAAUCGACUGGAAGAAAGGGGUUAUUAGACCGUCACUCGCUCGGCUACGUGUUCGCUUGCGAGACUUGUUGUCUGCGUAUCAGAAGUCUUGGUGUCAUCAAGGCAAUGCUAGCUCCGAGCGAGAGACGUCAAACCAAACGGAUACCUUCUUCUCAGUAGACACGGGUGAAACGAAGUGCAUUUCGUCAAAGCAAUUUCGUCGUCUUCUUAAGAAAGACAAAGAUGUCGAAUAUGUCUUCAUAAUUCAGCCUCGUCAACCAGAGAUAAUUACGAAGGCUACCAGUAUUGAUGACUACAAGGAUCAUGCUAUCUAUCCAUAUUUGCAAAAGUAUGAAGGUCUAUUCCGGCAGAAAUUGCCGGAGGAACUUCCGCCAAGGGAGCAUGGCGAACAUACGAUGGAAGUUCACAGCGAGAACCCCAUUUCCCGUCAGCAGUGGCGACAGUCUCCUGCCCAAGAAGCAGAGAUUCGGCGGUGGGUCCAAGAAAUGUUAAGGUCUGGAAUGAUUCGACCUUCGACUUCACCACACGGGGCCCCAACGUUCUGCGUUAGGAAACCGGACGGCUGGAGAAUUGUCCAUGAUUGUCGAGCCAUGAACUUGAAUACUGUCCGUCGAACACCCCCAAUGCCACGGAAGGAUGUGAUUCUGGAGAAAAUGCAAGGCUGUCACUACUUUUCGUGUUUAAACCUUUUGAGUGGUUACUAUCAGUUCUCAAUUUUCCAACAACGCAACAAGUACAACACUGCAAAGUCGAACGUCGACGGCCCUCAUUCGCCCGAGUCCUUCAGUGCUAAGCUUCCUAAUCUACCGUGGGGAUCCGAUUUUUCUCGCGUGGGGUUGGCGCUCCUGGCGACCCUGGCCGCCUUCUUCCUCUCUCGCCCGGUCGUUGAACUGCUGCUCAAUGCCAUCCGCUCCCGUCUCGACAAGCGCGUGCGAUGGAUCGCGGACGUACAGCACUACAUGCUGACAUAUCUAUGGUGGUUCUUGUUCCUGAUACUGGUGCGCGAUGUGAUCGCCCGGUACAUUCUGGACCUUGGAAGCGAGAAGGACGAGGUGAUGCAUUGGAAGGAGUGGGAUCGAAAUAGUGCAAUAAUUGAGGUUACCCCAUCCGCGAUUGCAAUGACUACUGUUUACGCGGACGAGUUUAUGGUGACUAGAGAAUGA